CACAUCGUCAAAAUCUUGACACGUCGCGGGUACGUUUUCGAUUGUGCAUGUGCGAUCGUCUGAGCAGCUCGCUGGUUCAUUUGCAGUUGAUUUCUUCGCAGGACGGUUCAAUUCUGGUCCAUUUGUUAUUUUGCUUCAAUAAAGUAAAAGAUUUUGUUCACAAUGGUUGACGGAAAGGGUUCUGGUUUUACAAAAGAGGAGGAGUUGUUGCUUCAGGACUUUAGCCGGAACGUGAGCACCAAGUCGAAUGCGGUUUUCUACGGAAAUGCCUUUAUUAUUUCUGCAGUUCCCAUUUGGCUAUUUUGGAGGGUUCACCAAAUGGAGCUGCUUCCUUCGGCACUAUUUUUUGCCAUCGUCACCGGCCUGUGUACAUAUUUAAUGGCUAUGGCCUACAAAAACACUAAAUUUACGCUGAAACACAAAAUCGCAAACAAACGUGAGGAUGCCGUCACACGUGAAAUGACUGCUCUGUUGGCCGAUGAUAAGAAACUGAGCCGCAAAGACAAGGACGAACGAAUCCUGUGGAAGAAGAACGACGUUGCGGAGUAUGAAGCAACGACCUUCUCUAUUUUCUAUAACAACGCCCUCUUCCUGGCCGUUGUUAUCUUCGCAAGCUUCUAUCUGCUGCGUUCGUUCACACCGACUUUCAACUAUAUCCUGUCGGUAGCCGGUGCUGGAGGGUUGAUGGCUUUAUUGUCCACUGGAAAGUCGUCCUAAAUUCAGAGGAGUUCAUCCGUCAUUUUCAUUCAUGUUUUUUUCUUAGCACAACAUAAUACAAGCAUUAAGUUUAGGCGAGACAGGCUUUGUUUCAAAAUGAGUGCAUCAUAUACCGGUGUUAAUCUUAAAUAGGACGAGAGAGGUUUAAUUUCUAGAGUAUCUGUGAAUUCCUCUCUAGUGUUGUAACUACGAAAAAAAAAACUCAAUAUCAGUACAGUAACUCAUAAGAAAUAAAUUUAAUUAAAAUUCCUCCCUGAAUACUGCGAAAUUUUGUUUUUUGAGUACAUAGAUAGAACUAACCGGUUUACAAUAACGAAGGCGAGUAAUAUGAAUUGGAAGAAGGCAAGUCCAUUAUAAAAUGAUUUUAUUUAUAGGAGACGUGUUGUGUGGAGUUAACAUUAAUGUUACAUAAGUAAAAGAAUAAAAUAAGCAGUUGAACCUGCCAAAAUAGACGAA